CCCCCUGCCCACUCCACCACCUCCAGCCACGGACACCCGGCCCACCGAGGCCGGACAGAGGGGACUCCAUGGAUGACGACCGUCCCCUCUUCACCACCUUCAAACCCAGUGAGGACAACACAGCCAAGCCAGGAGCCAACACAACCCCCGUCCAGCCCCAGGGAGCAGAGCAGUCCCCGGGACACCACAACAGACACGGCAGGGUCCCACCAGGUUCCUUCUGGCCAUCCCCACCAGGCUGGUCCCCGCCAGAGCUGGUGGCCCUGCGUGCCCAGACGAGGCUGUGGUUUGAGCAGACACAGGCCUGGAGGCUGAGGCCCGAGGGGGAGCUCCCAGUUUGGUUCCAUGGCUUCCUCAGUCGGAGGGAGGCAGAGCAGCUGCUGCAGGAUCGGCCCCUGGGCUGCUUCCUCGUCCGCUUCAGCGAGAGCACCGUCGGCUUCGUCCUCUCCUACAGGGGCAGGGAUCGCUGCCGGCACUUCGUCCUGGACCAGCUGCCGGACGGGCGGUACGUGAUCCUGGGGGAGCCGAGCGCCCACGCCGAGCUGGCCGAGCUGCUGCAGCACCACACCACGGCCCCCAUCGUGCCCUACCACGAGUUCCUCACGGCGCCCGUGCCCUGCACACGGGAAGACGAGCCCCGAGGAGGGACGCAGACCCCAGCUGGCAGCAGUGCUGCGCGUUCCCCGCUGAGCGAACCACCCGCAAAACUCCCGGAGUACAGCCCUGUGUCCCUGGAGCCCCCGGGAGCCAAGCCAGCAGCCCCGGUCCCCGCCCAGCCUGUGGAGCCCAGCGCCGAGGGGGGCUCCCCCAGGGAGGCUCGCAGUGCCCCUCCAUCGCUCCCAGCCAAGACCAGCUCCCGGGCCGUGGCUCAGGGGCCGCACAGUCCCGCCGGCAGCGCGGCAGCUCCCGAAGGUGCCUACGCCCGGGUGCACAAAGAAGCUGCUCCUCCCGUGCCCCCCGAGGCCAAGUACCAGCAGCUCAUGUGCUUCCACAUCUACGCCGAGCCCCGCGAGGGCAGCGCCCCCAGCCCCCCCACCUACUGCGAGCCGGAGGAGCCCAUCCCCUUCUACGCCAUGGCCCGGAGCUGCAGCCCCCGCGCCGCCCCCGAGGAGAACAUCUACUCCGAGGUGGCGCUGGCCCGGCAGGACCCGCCCGCUCCGCUGCCCAGGGAGCCCAAAGCCGCCUUCUCCACGCUGGCCCCCAAAUCCCGGCCCCACCGCCGGCUCUUCCGCAGCUUGUCCAGCCAGGAUUACAAGAGGCGGCAGCUCCCGGCGGCUCCCACCGCAGGCGGGGCGGAGAGAGGAGCCUCCAGCCCGGGCACAGAGGGUGUGCUGAGCCCUGUGCUGGAGUUGGAUGACCCCGUGUACGGCCGGAGCACACGCAGGGCCCAGCGGGGCACAGCCACGGACGAGAACGUGUACGAGCAACUGCCUGGGGACCAGCCCUGAGCCACCGGCACAUGGGACAAGACCUGGCUCCCAGGCAGGAGGAACCUCAGCCUCCAUCCCCCUGGAGGAAGACUUUGGCCCUGG